AUGAAAAGAGGAAGAGCUGGAACACUAAAAAACAAAAUGAGAAUUACCCUAUCCUUACCCGUGGGUGCACUCAUCAACUGCUGUGAUAAUAGUGGAGGAAAAAACCUAUAUAUUAUUGCCGUUCAGGGUUUUGGCUCCUGCUUGAAUAGACUACCUGCGGCUUCACUUGGAGAUAUGGUAUUGGCCACUGUGAAAAAGGGAAAGCCAGACUUAAGAAAAAAAGUACUGAAUGCUAUAAUCACGCGCCAGUCUAAGGCAUGGAGAAGACAUGAAGGAUAUUUCAUUUACUUUGAAGAUAAUGCUGGUGUCAUUGUGAACCCCAAAGGAGAAAUGAAGGGAUCAGCAAUAACAGGACCUGUUGCAAGAGAAUGUGCAGAGUUGUGGCCCAAGUUAUCUUCUGCUGCUUCAGCAAUUGUUUAA